AUGCCCCCGAAGCCAUUUAAGCCCUACGGCUCCCCGCCACCGUUCGAUUUUGACGAAUAUAAGGACGCCUUUGAGCUCUGGCAGCGCCAGUGGACUAUAUUUUUGGCCUUAUCUACCAUCGAUACAGCCCUUCCUCAAGCGGACCACGCGUCCUAUAAGGCAAAUAUCCUGCUGUCCUGCUUAUCGAAGCCUACUUUACAGGCCAUCUGCACGAUGGGCCUGUCUGAUAUCGAACUUGGUGACCCCGAUAUUAUCAUCGGCAAACUUCGUGAACGGUGUAACGCUGGGAGGAAUUGCCACGUUUGGCGCCAACAAUUCGCCCUUCGUAUACAACGUGAAAAAGAAUCCGUAGACAGUUGGGUUUGCGAGCUGCGCGAUCUCGCACAAAAAUGCGAAUUCAACACGGAUUGUUGCAACAAAUGCCAGGACACCCGGUUGUUGGGCCAAAUCAUUUACGGCGUCCACAGUGAUGAAGUUCGGCGUAAGUUGUUGCAGGAAGGCGCUACACUAUCCCUCACCAACGCUUUAACAACACUGCGCACGGCCGAAGCAACACAAAUGCAGGCAGCUAACCUGCGGCAAAACGAUCCACCAUCUAUUCAGCAAAUCAAAAACAAUACCGUCAAAACCGACUCAAAGUCCGCUGCUCGUUCCCCACACCCAGCUUUCCAACGCAACUUCCGGCGUGGCCCACCAGCAGGUGCCCCACCACACGGAUGUUGGAACUGCGGAGCCGAUUCGUUCCACCCAAAGUCUGAAUGCCCAGCCAAUGGAAAAGAAUGUGGCGGCUGUGGCAUAAUAGGCCAUUUUCAAAAAGUCUGCUCACGAAAAUCUUCGAAACCCGAGACAGCGGGAAGUAUCGUCAUCGGAUCCAUUUUACCAGGGGAACUUAUUGAAACCAGCGUCUCGCCUGCCGACAGCGACACGCCCACAGCAGUGCUCUUCCUGCCCGACACGGGCGCCUCGAUUGAUGCCGUACCACAUGCACUUCACCAAUCGCGAUUCGCCGCGACUCCACUUUGCCCCAUCACAACGCGAGCCGUAACGGCGACUGGCGAUGCCAUAACGUCAUUUGGCACCUUCCAGGCAACCAUUAGCGUAGGACCCGUCAACGGAGGCACGCCAGUACUUACCACCAUUCACGUCCUUAAAAAUCUCCAGCAACCAGUUCUAUCAAAAGAAACGCAGAAAAAACUCGGCAUCCUACCCCUGGAUUACCCCCAUUGGCGCGUUCAGCAAAUCACAGCCCAUCCUACGGAUUUAGAGAAAGCUAAUAAGCUGAAAUAUUUAAUGGCUGCCCAUCCCCUCAUCUUCGACGGUAUAUGUCGCCCCAUGGUAGGCCCUCCCUGCCACUUCCAGUUAGCCGACGGGGCCAUACCAUCCGCGAUGAGAGGUUCGCGACCAGUCUCCGUCCCGUUGCUCCCAAAACUCAAAACAGAGCUGGAUUCGCUCGAGGAGCAACAAAUCAUCUGCAAGGUCACCGAGCCGACAGCAUGGGUCCACCCUAUGGUCAUUGCUCCGAAAAAGGACGGCGGCAUACGCGCCGUCCGUUCGAUUCCGGCCGGGAUGCGCUUUUUCACCGUCAUCGACGCGUUGAAAGGAUACCACCAGGUGCCAUUAGACGACGAGUCAGCGACGAUGACCACCUUCUCAACCCCGUUUGGCCGCUACAUGUACCGCCGGUUGCCUUUCGGUGUUUGCCACGCCGGUGACGACUACAGCCGACGCGUUUCGGCUGUAUUCGAUGAUAUUCCAAAUUGCCGUCGGAUAAUUGAAGACAUCCUCAUAUUCUCCGAGACAUACGAGGAGCACAUUUCUCUCGUCCAACAAGUGUUCCAGCGCGCCGCCGACAACCAAAUCGCCAUCAACACCGGUAAAAUCCAAUUUGCCCAGCCGUCUGUUCUGUUUGGCGGCUAUAUCCUGAGCAACACCGGCUUCCAGCCCAACCCGGAACUCUUAUCGGCCAUCAGUCGAUUCCCUACCCCCACCAACAUCACGGAGAUGAGAGCAUUCCACGGUCUGUGCCAGCAGAUGGGCAAUUUCUCCGACAACUUAGCAGCGGCACUCGCCCCCCUUUCCCCCCUUCUAAAAAAGAAUUUCCAGUGGGAAUGGACAACACAGCACGACGCCGCCUUCAACGCUGCCCGCUCCGAAUUGUCAUCUUCCGCCGAGCUGUCCUUUUACAACCCAGCACUACCCACGGCCCUCCAUGUCGAUGCCUCCCGCCUGAGAGGUCUUGGUUUUAUCCUCCGUCAACAAAAUCCCAAUGGGAAGUGGAACGUGGUCCAGGCCGGAUCACGUUUUCUAUCCGACGCGGAGACACGCUACGCCAUGAUCGAGCUGGAGUGCCUGGGUGCAGCCUGGGCCAUGCAAAAGUGCCGGCAGUUUUUGGAAGGCCUCCCAUCAUUCCUUCUCCUCACGGAUCAUCGGCCGCUCAUCCCGAUCUUAAACGAUUACAACUUGGACAAACUCGACAACCCACGGAUCCUGCGCCUACGCCUAAAAAUGCAGCGUUAUGCAUUCACAGCCCGCUGGAUCCCUGGGAAGGAGAAUCUAAUGGCCGACGCCCUCUCGCGUUCGCCUAUCCGCCCCGCAUAUCCAGUGGAUGAACUGGCGGAAGGCCCAACAUCAUUCUCCACCCGUGUGGCGCUGAUAUCCACCAUCGACGGAUCAGACCCCUGCACGAGCGACCCGCUCCUCGACAAGUUGUCAGCUGCCGCCGCGGUUGACCCUGUCAUGAUUGCUUUACGUGACGUCAUCCGAACCGGUUUUCCCAACGAGAAAUGCAACUUACCGCUGCCCCUUCGUCCUUUCUGGUGCGUCAGAAGCCUCCUCGCCAUCGACAAAGACGACGAUAUCAUCGUGAUGGGCUGCCGUGUCGUCAUUCCAGAGGCCGUUCGUCGUGAGGUCCUCAAAAAUCUUAUCUUGAUGUACCAGGGCUGA